AUGGCUGAAGGCCAACCGCAGCCGGCGGCGCAACCGCAACCCCAGCAGCCUAUGCUCCAGUGCCAGAAGGUCUCGGACAUCGUUCGUAGUUUCCGUCCUACAAAGGCAUUCCGGCCCCCGAAAGAUACUUCCAACUAUGUGACGUCGUUGGACUUUGACGACCAGGGUGAAUUUUUGGUGGCUUCCGGUGAUGAUGAAACCAUUCAGGUCUUCGACAUUAAGGAGGGCAAAUCUACAAAAUCGGUUCCUAGCAAGAAGUAUGGCGCCCACCUGGCCAGGUUCACGCACCACAGUCGUCAAGUCCUCCACGCGAGCACCAAGGUCGACGAUUCGCUGCGCCUGCUCGAUCUCCACAACGAAGGAUACGUGCGUUAUUUCCAGGGCCACACUGAUAAAGUCACCUGCUUGGCUCUGUCUCCUGGCAGUGACUCCUUCAUCUCGUGCUCCAAGGACGACACAGUUGCGCUCUGGGAUUUGAGCUCACGAUACGCCCAAGGAAAGUUGAAGCUUGCAACUCCUUAUCUUGUCGCUUUCGAUCCGUCUGGCUCGGUCAUUGCGAUUGCGUCUCAAUCUACUUCAUCCGUCCUUCUGUACGACCUCCGCAACUACGACAAGGCUCCAUUCUCCACCUUCGAUCUUGGAGCUUACGAGGAACGGUAUACUCCUUCGACGCGCGGCCGGGGAUGGACUCGCCUCGAGUUUUCCAAUGAUGGGAAACACUUGCUUGUUGGGACAGACUACCAUGGGCAUUUCGUUCUCGAUGCGUUUGAGGCCGGCAUCCGAGCUUUCCUGGUGGGAAGGGCUGGAUCAUCUGGAAGAGCCGCCCCAGUUUCGACAACCGGAAAACCUCUUGGUCAGGGAGAUGUCUGCUUCUCACCGGAUGGCCGAUACUUGAUCGGGGGCUCAGGAGACCAUUCCGACAUGCUAGUAUGGGAUCUACAACAGCCUGCUCCAGAGCCGAACGGUCUAUUGCAACCACUAACUAGACUGCCACACCGAGGACGGACUGCCAUCGUCGAAUAUAAUCCAAGGUACAACAUGAUCGCAUCUGCGGACAAAGAAACUGUAUUCUGGCUUCCGGAGGAUAACUCCCGGCCUUCUGAAAAGUAA